AUGCUGGAUCCUGCACUUGAGUCGCAACAACCCCACACAACGCUACAGACUUGGGGAGGAGUGGAAAGCUGCCUGGCAGAAAAGGACCUGGGGGUGCUGGUUGACAGCCGCCUGAAAAUGAACCAGCAGCGUGCCCAGCUUACUCAAGCACUGUCUGGAAGAUUUAAUUCUCAUGUUCAUGUAGAAUAUGAAUGGCGGUUACUCCAUGAAGAUCUGGAUGAAAGUGAUGAUGAUGUGGAUGAAAAGCUGCAGCAACCCAGUCCCAAUCGGAGAGAGGACAGGCCUGUCAGCUUCUAUCAAAUUGGAUCAAACCAACUUCAGCCUAAUGUAGCAUCCUUGGCAAGAGAUGCAGCGAACAUUGCUAAGGAUAAGCAAAGAGGAUUUAUGCCAAGUAUCUUACAGAAUGAAACAUACGGAGCAAUACUCAGCAGCAGUCCACCUCCCAUUCAGCCUGCAGUACCUGUCACAAGUAGUGCACCUCCUCUACCUCCCAGGAAUAUUGGCAAAGUUCAGCCUUCAGUUCUUGGCAGUGGUAUUCAGACAAUUUCUUCAUCUAAUGCAAUGUGGAAGACAAAUUCUUUAGGAGUGGAAAGUAUAAGCAGGCAGAGGUCUUCAUCAGAUCCACCAGCUAUUCAUCCCCCUGUGCCGCCAUUGCGUGUAACAUCUACAAAUGUGCUUUCUCCAGCACCACCACCUCCGGUGGCAAAGACAGCCAGCAUCAUAGAAGCUUUGAACCAGCAAUCUAAACAGCAACCAGCUCCUCCACAAACUAAGCCAACCCCACCACCACUGCCCCCACAACCUCCUAGUAGAAUCUCUCAAAGAAAGCCUAUUCCUGGGACUGAGAAGUCAUCUGGCUUAACUAACAAAGGGCAGUCCAGAGGGCUUGGGUCUCUACAACAGACUGCAACAGGAGAGUCUGUAUGCGAAAUUCCAGUAACACAAACUGGUUCUACAACAAACACUUUGGCACAAAUCCAGCCACCAGCACCAAUGCCAAGGAAAUCACAAAUAUCAAAAACUAAACCCAAGAGAGUAAAAGCAAUUUACAACUGUGUAGCAGAUAACCCAGAUGAGCUAACUUUUUCGGAGGGAGAUAUUAUUGUAGUUGAUGGUGAAGAAGAUCAGGAGUGGUGGAUUGGUCAUAUUGAUGGAGAUCCCAGUCGGAAAGGAGCUUUCCCUGUAUCAUUUGUGCACUUUAUUGUUGACUAAAUUGCUACUGAUAAGUGGAGACAUUUCUCAUUUCCAGUGGUCACAGAAACAAGUUUUGCUCUAUUUCAUUUCAUCUACCUAUCUGCAGCCACCUUGCCAGAGCACUGCCCAAGUCCUAGGUACUGUAGCUUACUUUUUUAUUGCCAUCGUUCUGAUUUGGGGACUUUAAAAACUUUUUUCUAUGUGAAAACUUCUCAUGACAGUUUACACUUU